AUGAAAGAUUUGAAAAAAACUUACAUAGUGAACGGAAAUUCGAUUCGAUUGGCAAAUGAUGGACGAACACGUGAAGACGUGGUCUCAGUCUAUGAACAUAAACAAAAUCGUUCACGUUUGUUUAUUCCGCCGUUGGCUUUAUUAAAUCUUAACAAUACGAAAAUCUUGUAUCGGCAAUUGGAUAAACAAGAUUUAUUACGUAUAUCAUUAAUUCUCUCUACAAAUGAACUACGUCAAACAAUUCUACAAUAUCUAUCGGACACACAUCUUCGAUGCAACCGUUCGCAAGAACUUUGCGAAGUUAAGAUGAUUCCCACGGAACUUUUUCGCAUUGUAUGGUCUCGUUCAAAUCCUUUUUCGUCUGAUUAUUCGCUCGAUUCAAGUUGGCAAUCAAAUACGGCCCUUUUGAACAAUGUCAACGUGUUCAUUGAAUGUUCGACAAAUAAAACAUGUUCUCAAUUAUUGAAUAAUAUCCUUCAAACGCCCGACAUAUUGAAUGGCUUAGAAUUUGAAUACAGUACACAGACUGACAAGCAAACACGCAAAACAGUAACCAUUACUGGGCAGCACGUAAUGAAAACGCAAAUAUAUUUGACAUUGAAACAAUUGUCGUCGUCAACUGCUAAUGACCAUGAACGUUAUUUACUGGCUGAUGAUGUAAAUCAAUUUGCAACAGAGAUAUUGACAACGAUGGAAUUAGAGGAGUUGACCGAUUCCGAUUAUAUCUCACAAAGUGACCAAAACGUAUUGAUACAAAUGUUAAAAUCCCGCCUCAAGCAAAAUCGUGUCACAUUAGAUGGUCAUAUGAAACAACAAUGGAAUUCAGUUUAUUGGAAUCAAGAUAGUAUACGUCCGAAUCGAAUUGUUCAGCUAUUAAAUGAUGAAUUGCAACAAUUGCAGAAGGCAUCGAAUCCUCAAAAUAAAGGCAAUCAAAUAGAUGAAGAAUAUCGUACACAUACAACGAGAAGUAAAAGUUUCCGUGUUAACGUUGGUAUCGGAAAGUUUUGUGCUGCUUUGUCAAUUAGCCCGACAAAGGCAGAUGCUGUGAUCAGUUCUGAUUCUCCUGCAGAUCAAGGCAAUCGUAGUGUGCGUAAUACAUUAGAAAAUUUACAUGUAACAAGUGACGAUAUGUCGAUUUAUAAUGAGAAUGCAUGGCGUCGUGCCGCAUGUGAAAGCGAACCAACAUCGCAGGAACAGACGGAAAUGAGUGAUGAGGCUCAAUCAUUCGAAGAACUAAGACAAAAGAAUUAUGAUUUUUAUGCCAACAAUCGACAGUUUAUCGAAUUCAAGGAUGACAAGUUUAUUGUUAAACCAAUCGAAGUUUACCGGUUAAAUCUAGCUAACUAUAAUGAACAUAGCAAGAUUGUACAUAAGAAUAUCAUUAUCACACGUAUUGAAUCAGUACAUACUGUCCCGGUUCGAAUUCUUUCAUCGCCAUCAUCUGGUGAACCGAUCAAUGCGUCAGUUGUUGAUCGACAUUCAAACGUACUUGUGUCAAAAUUAGAUGAACUCAGUCGGAAACUUGGCGCAAUCGAAAAUAACAUGAAGAAAUCACAAUCGAACACAGACAAACAGCUCAGAGAAUUAAAAUCAUCAUAUAGAUUACUGAGCAAAGUGUCACUUAUCGACAAUCAUACCAAUCUGCUAGAAUCAAGUCUACACACUCUACAAUCGUCGUUAGCAGCUGUUAAAAAUGAUAGCCUAAACGUAAAAGCCUACGUAGAGAAACUACACGAAAGACUUGAGUCGUUGGAAACACUGAAUGAUAGUAGCAGCGAGAACUUGCAGCCACAACCAACAAAUCAGUUCGAAGAAGUUUCAUCUUCUAUAAAAACUCUUGAAAAUAAUAUGGAAAAAUUGCAAUCAACCAUCGAGAAGCGAUUAGCUGAACUACAAGUAUCGGAGGCAAUUGCUAAGAAUACUGUCGACAAGUUAACUUUAUACACAAAUCUUUCAUCGCCAUUCGUUGGUGAAAUAAAACUGUAUUCUGGUCAAGCACAAUCUCUACCACCCAAUUGGGUAUUCUGUCAUGGUCAAGCUCUCUCGCGCAUGGAAUAUCGGCGUCUAUUUUUCGUUCUUGGUGAUUCAUUUGGAGCUGGAAAUGGUCACUCAACAUUUAAUUUACCUGAUUUACGCGAUCGAGUUGUGAUAGGACAAAAUCCAGGUGAAAAUGGCACAGUCGAUGCUUAUAAAACGGAUAGUACAAAUGAUCGUUCGAAAUAUACCCUAAUAACAACUGAGCUGCCAGACAGAACAAGCGACAGCAGAUUAUCUUUUUCACUUCCUCCGUAUCAGUCAUUACAUUAUAUCAUUUUUACUGGAGAUCAAUCUGUUAAUAUCACAAAUUCAAAUAAUGUAUCCAUCAUAACUCCUACUGCACACUCUGUAUGUCCCUUACAGUGUUUGAACGGCGGAAGUUGCCUGUCAGCAAACGUUUGUAUUUGUAUGCCACCAUGGGCUGGAUCUCAAUGUGAGCACAAAAAGAUGAAGUUCGUUAAAUGGGAACAAAACGCAACGACUGUUGCCGGAGGAAACACAGCUGGGGACAAAUUGAAUCAGCUGAAUUCUCCUAAAGGAAUCUUUAUCGAUCGAAAUAAGAAUAUUUUUAUUGCUGAUCAGGAAAAUCAUCGUAUUAUGAAAUGGAAAGUCAAUGAAAGUCAAGGAAUAGUUGCUGCAGGCGGAAAUGGGUGGGGAAAUAGGCCCGACCAAUUGAAUUUGCCAACAGAUGUAAUCGUCUACGAACAAAACCAUUCACUGAUCAUUGCGGAUGCAGGAAAUCGACGAGUAAUUCAAUGGUUUGAUCAACAGCACCAAGAAAUUCUUGUUCAGAAUAUCACUUGUGUCGGCCUGGCGAUAGAUAGAUACGGUUUUCUUUACGUUUCCGAUUAUGCGAAGCAUGAAGUGAGAAGAUGGAAAAUGAGUGAUGUGAAAGGAAGAGAUGAGACAGUAGUAGCUGGUGGAAACGGAGCGGGAGGUCAACUGAACCAGUUGAAUUCGCCUGGUUUCAUCUUUGUUGACGAUGAACAGUCGAUUUAUAUUUCGGAUUAUUCGAAUCAUCGCGUAGUGAAAUGGAGGAAAGAUGCGAAGGAAGGAAUUGUUGUUGUUGCUGGUGGCAAUGACCAUGAAAGUAUUCUUGGCCAAUUGUAUAAUCCCGGUGGACUGGUUGUUGAUGAUUAUGAUCACAUCUACGUGGCAGAUUAUUCCAACCAUCGGAUAAUGCGUUGGAUUGAAGGAAAGGCAGAAAGUGAAGUUGUCGUUGGAGGAAAUGGAGAAGGAGAAGAAUCAAAUCAAUUCGAUAUUCCCAUUGGUUUAUCGUUUGAUUUAGAAGGAAAUCUUUAUGUCAGCGACUUUUGGAAUCAUCGAAUUCAACGAUUUGAUUUAAUUUCAUAA